AUGGUGCUAACGAGUGACGGAGGCGGAGGAGAUGACGACCAGUGGUUGUCGCAAGCGACGACAGCUCCUCAAGUUGGCUCAGCGAGCCUCAGCGAGGCGAGCCGCUUGCGAAACUCACCAAAUUCCGUGCAAGGACAUAGUAAACAUUCGUCGAUUAUCGGAUGCAACGAAAUUAAUGUCGUGCACCGACGUCCGCUGAGCCAAAUUACUCGAAAAACACAGAAGGACAAGGUCUACCGCCGCAGUCGAGGCGAUUACACACCGCUGUACUUCAUCGUGACAUAUGAUUCUGAUCUGAUCGUUCAUAACGAGCCUUCGCCUAUGCAGACUUGGUUUCAGAUGUGA